CGCUUGUGGGGCGUGGGACUCCAGACAAAGAAGACACACUCAGUCAUACGCGUACACGCACAGCGCUCACACACGCACGACUGGAGUUGGACAGCUGGAAACAAUCUUCAACUCCUAGGUCUACUUUUUCUUUUUUUCACCCCCUGGCUAACAAGGUUGUCAAAAAAAGGGGGGAGCUGUGUGUUUUCCAGCUGUGGAUCCAUAAGUUGUGUUACCAUAUGUUGCGCGUAAAAGUGUGCGCGUGUUAGCGUGCUUGGGAUGGCAAAGAGGGGCUGGCUUUGCUCUUAGCUCUCCGCCAUGGGGGGUUGCCAUAGUUACCCCACCGCCACCAAAGGGGACGGCAACGCUCCUCCCGACGUCUGUGAUGCCAAACUACAACAGGAAUGUUCUCCAGAUAAGAGCUCAUGUGUGCCUCGCAUAUUUGCAUGAUGGCAUCAGCGGAUUCCUCCAGCAGAGGAGUAGUGAGAAGCAAAAGCAGGGAGCUGAAGUUACUGUGCAAAUGUUUGCUCUUUGAAUACAUGGUGUUGAUUCCACCGUGGUGACAGGACAGCAGGCAAAGGGGAAUCAACAACAACAUCCUGGAAGCGCGUCCGUACCUCCAGAAGGAGUACGCGUGCCAGCACAUCAACCACAUGGACAUGUGCGCCCUCACGUCGCUGCCGCCCGGCGUGGACAAGGCCGAGUGGCUGGCCAGCAACACGGUAUCAUUUUUCAAGCACAUAAACCUGUUCUCCAGCGCGCUGUCCGAGUUCUGCACCCCCAGCACCUGCCCGAUCGCCAGUGGACCAGGUGACACCUGCUGUUGCUGCUACCGCUUAAAUAGAAGAGUUUAUGUUUGGACUGACGACCAUGGCAGGAAGCUGAAGUGCUCCGCUCCUCUCUACUUUGACUAUGCCAUGUCCUACAUUCAGGACCUGCUCACAGAUGAAGAGGUGUUCCCCACAAAAGCUGGCUCAGUGUUCCCCACCGGCUUCAUCUUCCUGGUGCAGAAGGUGUUUUUGUUGCUGUUCAGGACUCUGGCACACGUCUACUGGUCCCACUUCCGGCAGACGCACGCGCUGGGUCUGCACCCGCAUCUCAACACGCUCUUCACGCACCUGACGCUCUUUUGCCGGCAGCAUGCGCUCCUGGACGCCGAGGACACCGAACCACUGCAAGACCUCAUCUCGGCUCUGGGACUGCAAGGAGGAACCUAAGACAAGAAAUGACAUGAAGGUUUGCUUUGAAAAGCCAUGCCUUGGUCCACAGUAUCAGGCUCCAAAUAGUUUAUGUCAAGAUUGAAAUUUUGCUGGUCAUUAAAAAGCCAAGACAUUAUUUAAUUGAGAAAAAACACAGAGAAUCAACAGACGUAACUGACAAUCCAGUUAAAUGUGCAAUCGUGUUUAACAUGUACACCUGCCAUAAAGUAUGAUAUAACGUUGUCAAGACUGCAUGAUACACACACAGUAUAAUCUCCGCUAUAUGAUGUAUGGAAUGAUUUUUUAUGUAUUUGUAUGUACUCUUGUGCCAGAAACGUGUCUGAAAAAUAAAAUGUAUUUUACAGUA